ACGGCGACGACGACGGCAGCAGCAGCAGCAACAGCCAUAGCAGCGGUUGGAGAAUUCACAGGAGGAGCAGUCGACGAUCUGGACCCUUAUACGAUAUGGAACCCUGAGAAAGCUUACGCUGCCAGGGGUAUAUGCCUGAUUCUGUUCGGAACGUUCGGAGUUUUACUGAAUGUGUUUAUCAUCGUGGCAAUUGUUCCGAAUCGUCGGUUAAGGACCGUACGCAACAUAUUACUCGUUCAUCUCGGUUUAAUUGGACUUGCCUCAUCUAUAACACUGACUCUGUACGCGGCCGUGGUGAUAUUUCAUGGAGUAUGGAUCGGAGGAAGAUCUGCCUGCCAUGCUUACGGUUUUAUAUUAUCGGUAUUUACGUUUGCUUCUAUUUGGACUAUAACGGCGUUGAGUUGGGACAAAUAUCGGACCAUCGCUUCCCCUUUACAUCAUUCCUUGUCGGCCAGCUUCCGUAAAAUGGCCGGCUGUUUCAUCUUAUUUUGGCUGGGAGCCGUUUCUCUAUCAGUUCCACCGCUGACCGGUUAUAGCCGAUUCAUCUUUGACAAAAACAUGGCCAUCUGCACCGUCGAAUUGCGAGCCAGUACCGACCUGUGGUAUUCGCUCGUUUACUUGUCAUCAGCUUUUCUGCUCCCUUUUGUCCUAAUCACUUACUGCUACCUGCACAUAUUCCGUAUAGCCAGGAAUCAAAGCAGUCGAAUAGCCGCCACGAUGGUUCGAAUGGUGAGCGUGAUACAGGCACCGAUCUCGUCGGCUCCACAAGCAGCUCUGUCAAUAAAGGGCACCAAAGCCAUAUCCACCAUAUUGCAACUGACCGGAGCGUUUGCGUUCACCUAUUUACCUUAUUCAAUGAUACUGCUCUUUAAAAUGUUGUUCACGUCUUCUCAUAUGGACAAUGUGACCGUUGUACUUGCAACGACCCUUUUUCAGGCAGCCCCAUUGACUAAUGCAGCCGUCUACGGCAUCAGAAACAAAAUCCUCCGCUCGUCGUUCAACCGCUACGCGCGGCGAAAAAUGCAGGAGUUUUGCUACAGAGACCAUCGGCGUAGCAGUAUACGUUCGGUGACGAAACGCCAGCCUUCGGCCCUCAAGCUCUCCUUGUUACAGGGCCGACGCUGCGUUACGAGCGGAGUGAUUUUACCCACUUAUUACAGUGGAGCCAGCGGUAGCGGCGGCGGCGGCGGCAGCGGCGGCGUCCGUGGGGGUAGUGUCGGUGCAGGGGUUUGUAGCGGUGUCUGUUGUUAUGACGAUGCGGAUGGUAACGUUGGCGGGAAUACGAACCGUCAUGCUCAUGGAUUACGUCGGACUCAGUCGUACCCGAUCAAAACCCUGACGGAAGUUAACGGACUUUCUAUCGGCAUGUCACGGACUAUUACGGGACCUUACCAACAACAUUCUCUGGUUAAUUUGAACGAUAUCAACUCACUGACGCCAAUUGAAUAAAACUUUGUGAAAGAGGAAAUAUUUCAACAAUAACAACAACUGCAAGAACAACAUUUAACAAAACGUGUGUGAACGGUUGUGUGUGCAUGAGUUUGUGUGUGUGUGUGUGUGCGUGAGAGAGAGAGAGAGAGAGAGAGACAGAGACAGAGAUAGACAGAGAGACAGAAAGAGAGACAGAUGAGAAUGAAAGAGAAAUAGUGUGUGUGUAUAUGAGGGAGUGAGUGUGUGCGUGCGUGUGGGGAAGAAUGGGUGUGUGUGUGUGUAGGUGUAGAUGUGAAAGUGGGGGAGAUAAUAUGUGUGUAUGUGUGUAUGUGUGUGUCUUUGUGAGAGGGUGAAUGUGUGUGCGUGUAUGUGUACAUGUGACAGAGGAGAGAGUGUGUGCGUGUGUGCGUGUACGUGUGCGUGUGCGUGUGUGUAUGUAAGGAAGAAUGAGUGUGUGUUUGUGUACAUGUGAAAGAGAGGGAGCUGGUGCAUGUGUGUAUGUGUGUGUGUGUGUACAUAAAAGUGAGAUAGAUAGAGAGAGAAAGAUAGAGAGAAAGAGAGAGAGAGAUAAACAUUAAGAAAAUAAUGUUUUUAAUAUACAAUCCGAUGUUGAUCAUAAAAAAAAAACAGAUUCAUCCUCAAAAGGCUAAAAUAAUAUUUACCGAAAUUAAAAAAAAAAAAAAACUCCAUUACUUCCAUCCUUGGACAUUGGACACAAAUAGAAAGUAAAAAAAAAACAAAAAAACGAGAGAAAGAGAAAACUACUACUACUACUACUACUACUACUACUACUACUACUAC